CCCCGCGAUAGCCCGCCGAAAGUAUUACGAUUCAACUUCAUUUUCUCCUACUUCCCUCAAAUGUCUCGACCAUGCGACCAGUUCCUGACCUAUCAGCCUUCUCCCGUAAACCCUCCGCGGACCCUCCAUCCUCGGGCUCGUCGUUAGAUCCCCGCACUGCCGCCCCCGCAACCUUCUUCCUAUCUCGCAGCCCGCAUGCCUCUGAUACAGAACGCAGCCCCUCUCCAGAUGCAGCGGGCGAUCCCAAAGAAAGCAUGUACGGCGUGCACAGUCUAGCAGAGACACUGUCGCGAUCGGAGCUUAGAGCCUGCGCAUCUCAAGAGUUCCGCGCAGAUAGUCAACGGACACGAAGCUCCUCGCGGGGAUCCGACAGUAUGAGAGAAUCACGGGGCCAACGACGCCGAUCUACAAUCAGGCCCUUUUCGGAGGAUACUCGGGAGUCAUCAUUGCAACCACCUGCCUCGGACACGAUCUCCCGUCCGUUGACCCCAUUUCACCCCGACGACCCAUCAUCGCUGCCCAGCAGCCCAAAGUCCAUCUCCAACCAGUCGCUCCGACCGCUUGAUGAUAUCUCCAUUACCGAUGAGAUCAACAGCCAAGCAAUCGGAUCGGGCGAUGAGGAAGAGAAACCCCGACCCUCCCCUCGCCUGGGAUUCGCCGGAGCUUCGCAGUUGAUCAUGCCUAGCAUCAAGAUGCCCAGUCGACGGCCAUUUACAGAGCGGGGAAAAGCGAUGGGUAGAUUCAAAGUGCUUGUAGCUGGAGCACCAGGAACCGGCAAAACCUCCUUGAUCAAAGCCAUUGUCCAGACCUGCGAAGAUAUCGUACACGUUGAUUCUAUCGACUCGCUCUCCGUGACCGCACUGGAGCGGCGCCGUUCCUCGCGACCCCACUCCGGCCCCGUCCCCACUCGCGGGAUGCCCACCGUUACCACCGAGAUCUACGCUAGUACCAAGCCGUACCCUUCGUGGUGGUCGGACCUAGAGGACUCGCGCGUGCUCCGACGGCGCAAAAGUAUAGGCGAAAUCGUGCUGGAGCGCAAUCUGUGCUUUGUGGAUACUCCGGCUACCUCUUUGAGUCGCACGGGCCAGACCGAUUCCAUUGUGCAGUAUAUGCGACAGCAACUGCGGAGGGCGACUGCUGCGGUUGCAGGAUCAGGUGUAGAUUUCCAAAAUCUGCUUGCUGGAAAUGGUGGUACCCAAGUGGACGCAAUAUUAUACUUGAUAUCCCAUGAUACUCUGCCAACGGACGUAGAAUGUAUUCGCAAACUCUGCGAGCUAAGCAAUGUCAUCCCCCUCGUCGCCAAAGCAGACACCCUCUCCCCCGAGAAUAUCACCUCCCUCAAAGACCGAUUCCACCAACAAGCGCAAGAUGCCGGCAUCAAGCCCUUUAUGUUCGGCGACUCACCAGCCGGGAUGCUAGAAGAGCAAAACCCGCAACCUCCAUAUGCCGUGUCAUCCGAGAAAACCGCCGAUCUGGAGGUCAUGGAUGCUAGUACCCUCAUGAGCCCAGACUACGAACUCCCCCUUGUUCCAUCAGAGCUGGACACACUCGUACAGAAACUAUUCGACCGAGAUAACCUCGCCUGGCUGCGCCACUCCGCCGCUAAAAAGCUCGUCCAGCGGUGCGGGGAUCUACCUGCCGUGCCGCUAUCAGCCACCUCAGCUCCUAAUGCAUUUUCCGGUGCUACCUCGCCCGGUGUCGGCUGGGGAACUACGGUGGGAGCGUCCAUGAACUCGUCCAUCUCCUCACUCGGUGAAUCACCGCCUACCUAUACCCUGGCCCGCCUCGCAGACUAUACACGACACGAAGAGCGCAUGGCCCAAGUUCGACUUGCACAAUGGGCAACGGACCUGCAACGCAGCCUCCAAAACGAGCGAGAGCGAUAUGCGGCACUGGCACGUGGCGAUCGCGCGGUAUGGCUUACGGAGCGACUGAGCGAGUGUGUUGUAGAUGGAUCAUUAGUGCCUAUCUCGCAGACGCCCGGGUUCUGCGGACUACACGUCCCAGCCAGUGACAAGAGUGGCGGCGGGUUGAACGUGAUGAGAGCUCGUGCAAGUAACGGCAAGGACUACCGCGCUGCGGGGUUGAGUCCUCAUGACCCACUCGGCGUUGUGGGAUGGAUCGACGAUAUCGGACGACGGGGUUGGAUUAUCGUCCAGAUCGUGGGCAGUGUUGGAGUCGUCGGUGGACUGGCAUUGUGGGUCGCUCGGUCUUGGGGACUCCCAACGCGAAGUUUUGCAGACUUGCAGUUUGAUCACUGGUACGGGAGUAUUGAGAAUUGAUUCUUCGUUCUCGAGAUGAUAGUUGGUUGCGAGCUGAUGGGCGAACAUGGGGAAGUGGUUUCGAGGCACCGGCUUGGCUGAUCGAGGACGGAGAUGGAAGAAAAGUGUGCUGGCUGGCUGGCGUUCUUUUUUCUUUUUCUUUCGAGUGAUCAUGCCUACAUUCUUAUCCCGACGGGCGUUUUCACGGUGGUAUUUCUUCUGUUUCUGGGACGUUUGGAGCUGGGAGCUGGAGUACACUUUGCCUUUGUAUUAGGGAUUGACGGUUAGACCACAUCGCGUAGUCACCACAAUACAAUCAUAUCAUUACAAAAAACCACCCAGACUAUCGUAU